ACAGCGUCAAUAUGUUACAUGCACCGCAAAUUUAUCAAUCAAGUCAUCCACCCGUUAAUUUUACAAGUGUUGACUGGGACCUUGGUCCGCGGCCACACGCAAAGCCAUUCCCAUUCAGUUAAUCGCCGGCUUGCGGCGAGCACACACGUCAAUCAUGUCACGCGUCAUCCCACUCGUGCUACUCGCCCUGCUGGCACAGACCACCGCUUUAAAUGUCCUAGUGAUCGUGUCCAUUCCCAUACCAAGCCACUACAUGGCCUUAAACACCCUAUUCAGAGAGCUAGCUCACAGGGGCCACAAAGUUACCGUCAUGAACAAUUUCCCCGACAAAAACCCCACGCCGGGGCUGGAGUUCAUUGACCUCAACGCGUACCAGCCCGGCGCCGUUAAGACAGCUGAUUUAGAAUACUACGAAAGCUUAUAUUCGUGGUACGUCCCUCUGUAUAACUUAUAUAGACAUUUUAAAGUGAGCCCGGGUAGCACAGCGGACGAUUGCGAAAAUCUUUUCACGCAUAAAAAGGUUAAGGAGCAUUUGGAUAAAAAAAACAAAUACGAUGUAAUAUUUGUUGAGCAGUUUAUGAGCGACUGCGGGUUCGCGUAUGCUGCGGCGAUGUAUGACUCUCCGAUCAUAGGGAUAACCUCACACGUGAUGUUACCUAUGCAUUAUUCACGAAUGGGAUUACCGUUUGACGUCAGAACGCAUCCGCACUAUUUCUUUAACGCUGGAAGCAAUCCCUCACUUUGGCAAAGGGUUCAGAUAACAGUAGCUGACUUUAUGAUUCAAAAUUAUAUGAAAUGGAACUUGCAGGAGAGUAUAAGAGGUGUAUUCGCUAAGCAUCUUCCAGGAUUUUCUGUAGAUUUAGAGAAAAUAGCGAGGGAAAGAAUGGCGAUGAUGUUUUUGUAUCAGCAUCAUUCGAUAACGGGAGGGAGGUUGUUAGCGCCGCAAGUCUUGGAGAUAGCCGGGAUUCAUAUCCAGAAACCUAAGCCGAUGCCGAAGGACAUAGAAGAAUUUCUGGCCUCAGCAGAACACGGCGUCAUUUACAUCAGUUUCGGGUCCCUUCUGAGGUCACACUCCAUGUCCGAUCACAAGCGAAUGCAGUUCGUCAAAGCAUUUGGAAGGAUUCCUCAAAAAGUUAUAUGGAAAUGGGGGAACGAAAGUUUUCCGGAGAAAAGUGACAAGUUACUUGUGGGCAGUUGGUUUCCGCAAUUGGAUAUUUUAUGUCACCCAAAGGUACUCGCGUUCAUAUCUCACGGCGGCAUGCUAAGCAUGUCGGAGGCGGCGCAUUGCGGCAAGCCGCUGCUGACGGUCCCGUUCUUCGGAGACCAGUUCAGCAACGCGGCUUCGGCGCGGGAGAGCGGGCUGGGACUUACCAUGUUCUUUGAGGAGAUAAAUGGCGAGAAUCUGGAGGCGGCUGUUAGAGAACUGACUUCGGAGAGGAUGCAAUCAAACGCCAAGCGCAUCUCUCAGCUCUGGCACGCCCGGCCACUACCAGUUAUGGACAGCGCCAUCUAUUGGACGGAGUAUGUAGCUCGGCAUCGCACCGCGCCGCCCUCGCUACCACAGAAGCUGAAUACAUCGUCGUUUAACACUUCGCCGCUAGAUGUAGUUUGUGUGAUCGUUACUAUAGUAUUUGUAGUCUUAUUUGUGAUUUACGCUAUUUUAAAAGCGAUAUUUCAAUUUGUAAGGGGAUUGAUUACUAAAGUUUUGUGUAAGAAGUCGAAACAAGAGUAGUAUCCAAAUACAUAUUGUUUUAUCAUUGUUUGUCAAAUCACUGAAAUUAUAUUUUUAACAAGCAGAAACGUCUGCUAACGAUUCUAAACAUUUUUAUAUUAAAGGAAAAAAAAUGGAAAAAUUUACGCUUCCGGCGGGACUUGAACCCGCAUCAUAUAAAAGCGUAUAUAUAAGCGUAUAUAAGCGUUAGAUAUUAUAUAAGUCAAUCUAUUCUCUUUUUGUAGCAAUUCGCGCCUGUAAUGGUAACUCGGUUGUAAUUUGAUUUCCUACGGGACAGGCAUUGCCUAGUGUAGGAAUCACGCCAACUAUUGGUAAGGCACAAAGGGUUUGCUUUUCAAAUUCAAAGUUCUGUAAUUAAAGUCUGUGUAUAUUGUAUAUGAAUUUGUAAAGUUGAAUAAAUAUGUUUU